AAUACGAAGUAAGAAAGAAGAGGAGGAAGAAGAAGCAGUUUCAGAGCGUAAAACCACAUCGGCCUCGUCCUCAGCUGAUUAAGAAUGAGGUGGCGCAAUCUGGUGAGGGCUCUGAAGCAAUUAGAACCCUCCACUUCGAUUUCCAGACAUUUUCGCUCUUACUCAACCGAACUGCAGCAACCUCAGCUGUCGCCCGACCUCGUCAGAAUCAUGGAACGAAGGCUGUCGGCUAUAGAACAUAGGAGUGCUAGCCUACACAAUCUCAUCAACCAGCCAGAAGCGUCACCGGCGGAGUAUGCCAGGGCCAAUAAGGAGCUGAGGAAGCUCAGUGGGUGUAUGGACCUUAUAUCGCACUUGAGGACCAAGCAGAAGGAGAUUGAUGGGUUGAAGUCACUGAUGUCUGAAUGUCCGGAAGACAAAGAUAUGCUCGAUAUGGCAACUGAGGAAUUAAGUCAAGCUAUUGAAGAAGAGAAAAGGCUGCAGAGUUUGCUGCUCAAGUCUUUACUUCCAAAGGAUGAUGCUGAUGAGAGGGACUCUAUCUUGGAGGUGAGAGCAGGAACUGGAGGGGAAGAGGCUUCUUUGUUUGCAAUGGACAUAUUUAAAAUGUAUGAAAGAUAUUCACAGAAGAAAGGUUGGAAAUUUGAAAUUGUGGAUAUAGCAGAGUCUGAUCUUAGAGGAUACAAGGAAGCUAGUGCAGCAAUCUCAGGAGUUGGUGUUUUUGGGAAACUUAAAUUUGAGAGUGGAGUUCAUAGAGUUCAGCGAGUUCCAGUGACAGAGAAGUCUGGACGUGUUCACACCAGUGCUGUUUCUGUUGCCAUCCUUCCUCAGGCUGAUGAGGUAGAUGUCCAGUUGAGGAAUGAAGACUUGAGAAUUGAUACAUACAGAUCUGGUGGUUCUGGCGGGCAGCAUGCAAAUACCACCAAUAGUGCUGUUAGAAUAACUCAUAUUCCAACUGGUAUGACAGUGGCCAUACAAGAUGAGCGAUCUCAACAUAUGAACAAAGCCAAAGCGCUUAAGGUGCUGUGUGCAAAGCUAUAUGAAAUAGAAAGGUCUAGAAUUCAGAUCAGUCGGUCAAAACUUCGAUCAGAACAGAUUGGUAGUGGUGACAGAUCUGAACGGAUCCGUACAUACAACUUUCCUCAAGGGCGUGUCACUGAUCAUCGCGUUGGCAUCACUCAUCAUGCAAUAGAUGAUGUGAUGCAGGGGGGAAAUCUGGAUGUCUUCAUAGAUGCUCUUCUUUUGCAGCAGGAAAUGGAUGCAAUUGCAUCUUUCAGUUCUUCCAUUGAUACCAGUUGAUUGAUAGUAGUCCACGCUGUUUCUAUUGGUGCGUGAUUCUCUAUUGUUUUUCUUUUUAUCACUGUUUAGCAUCAUAACAAGUGUACUUUAUGCUAUAAUUUUUGUAUGUGGACAUGCAUAACUUUUUUAUGGUACCAAUUCAAUUGAAAGUUGUUUUUUCCAUUUCUUAA